GUUUGGAUUUCAUCAAGAUGACUGUGGAUUUUUUCUUCUCGAAUGGGGCGGCAAAUAUUUUGACUCGCAUCACACAGUUAUCGCUACUGAGUUGGACUGUUGUUCAGAUUAUUUAUUUCAUGAAAUUUCCAAGUGAACAAUUCAUGUGGGAUUUCGGAUACUCGUUUUUUGCUCUAUCUUAUGUUUUCACAAUGAUAUCAAUAAAGUACAUUCAAAAAAAAGAUAUGGAUGCAAUGGAUGCAUGUAUCGAAAAGUACUUCUGGAAUAUAAAAUGCUGUGGCUCGGAGUUGCUCGUAACAUUUUCGGAACGAGUGCGAAUUGGAAAAAUUUUAGCAUGGAUGCAGUUCCUCAUUGGUGCAACAAAUGGUGUUCUUUUUUUGCCUUUCGAAUCCGAGCGGUUGGAUUUAUUUUUUAUUAUAACUUUUCUCACGAAAUAUUAUCCAGAAUUUUACCGUUACUACAAAUAUAUAUUUUUUUGCUUACUUUCAUGGGGGACAACAUUAGUAAUAACUCAAGCAAAUAUUUAUUUGUAUCACAUCAUUCAACUCGAUUUUCAGUAUAAAUUACUGACCAAACAUGUAGAAGAUAUCGAAAUAGGUAUCGAACAGGAUUAUCUGAAUGAGAAAUAUGAUCUAGAAAUAAGAAGAAGAAUGAAAAUCUGUGUGGCGCAUUUUCAAAAAUUGACCGAUUUUUCAGAUUUCGUCAACAAUUCUUGGACCUCAUUUAUUAUGCUUUUCUGUUCGUGUUGUGGAUUGGCCUUGGUGUCUCCAUGUUUAUUGCUUAUCACCUGUUAGUUAUGAAAAAUAGCGAAAACUUCAUUGCAUUGAGUUUUUUAUGGAUAACCGUUGCAGAGUGCACAUGUCAGUUAAGCCUACUAGGGCAGCAUUACAUUGACAUGGCUGAAGAUUUCUUAUUCACUUUAACCAGAUGUAAAUGGUAUAAAUGGAGCAAUUAUAAUAAGAAAUCAUACCUCCUAUUCCUCAUAUAUGCCCAAAAUUAUAAAAUUGUUUGCGUUGGUGGAUUCAUUCCCUACAAUUUAUCUUUAGCAAUAUGGAUGAGCCGGAAAACUAUGUCUGCCCUGACGUUUUUUAGAGCAGUGAGAAGAAUAGAUAACGUUGCAUAAUACCGACCAUAUUCGUUAAGAUUAAAGCCUACUACAUAUGUGGAAAAAUUCCUAAAAAUGUAUUUUGUUUUUGUAGAGCAGUAUGCAUGUUAGGGUAGUUGGCACCACAUAGAUUAAUUUGUACUAGGUUUUCCAAUUAUAGCUAACAAUUUUAUCGAUGAAAAAUUUGUUUGUGGAACAUAAUUUCGUUUUUUAUUCAUUAAAAAGGGACAGAUUUACCAUUAAUAAAAAGGAAACAAAAACACUAUAGGAUAAAUAGCUUCCACGGCUAGGUUUCCAGACCAUACUCCUUUGGGUCAUUCUUCUUCGUUCCAUUGGCAUGAAAUAGCUCAUUCGGGGGCCUACUCACAUCACACCUACUUCUGGAAUCCCUCAUUGAUGUUUUGAGCAAUAAAAAUGACAUCAUCAGUUCCACUUUCACUCUUCCGUCUGAUUUUUCAUUUCAUGAAUGCGUCGGUUGUAAAUUAAAAAUUAACAAACCUUAAAUGUAACCUCGACAAUGUUGAUUUAUAAUAUGAGGCUCACAUGUGAGUAUACCCGAUAACCGAUAAUGACGACAGCCCUGGAAAUGACGCAGCUCGACCUCAAUCAAACAAGUGCCCGUGGAUCAAACAAGAUACUAUUCGAUUUAUGUAAUGGUACACUUUGGGAUAUUCGAAUAUUUUUCUUUUUUUGUGAAGGUGAAAGGAAUGUUAUUUCAUUUACAUUAUAUCACGCACAGAUAG